CUGACUGCUCCGGGACGUGUUUCAACAGAUGGUCGAGGUUAGAGAGUGUCAUCACAUCGGAGAGCGGAUUAGAGGAGAGAGGUUGUCUUCCAGGAGCUGUGUGGUCCCCUCUACUCUUCAACCCAAGACACAAACCCCUCUAUGAGCGAGGGGAGACCCGGUGAAGAAACGCAAGAAGAAAACUCGAGAGAGGAAACCGUGCACUCUGCUCUCCUCCUGCCUUUCAGUUGACCACGACUGCGAGAGCUGCACGGGUGUGAGUGAGUGGCCUGGCUGGACCUCUUCUCCCUCCCUUCAUUUCUCCAAUAAUCCUCCCCUCUACCCACGCUGUCUCUUGUUGUUUCGGGAACCAUGCUGAUGCAAUGGCUGGCUUGGUUGGCCCUGCUGUCUCUGGACUGGGCUCCAGGCAGCUGGGCCUUCACCACCACCAGGGCUCAGGGCCUGAGGGGUCGCAUCCAGAGAGACCGCAGAAACAUCCGGCCCAACAUUAUCCUCAUCAUCACUGACGACCAGGAUAUCGAGUUGGGUUCUCUACAGGUAAUGAAUAAAACCCGUAAGCUCAUGGAAGAAGGAGGCACAGCUUUCACCAAUGCCUUUGUCUCCACACCAAUGUGCUGCCCGUCACGGUCCUCCAUGUUGACGGGCAAGUACGUCCACAACCACAACACUUACACCAACAAUGAGAACUGCUCCUCCCCUUCCUGGCAAGCUCAGCACGAGCCACGCUCAUUCGCCGUCUACCUCAACAACACCGGCUACAGGACAGGCUUCUUCGGCAAAUACCUCAAUGAGUACAAUGGCUCGUACAUCCCACCUGGGUGGCGCGAAUGGGUUGGAUUGAUAAAAAAUUCCCGCUUCUAUAAUUACACCGUCUGUCGGAAUGGUUACAAGGAGAAACACGGUGCCGAAUAUGCCAAGGACUAUUUCACAGAUCUGAUCACCAACGACAGCACUAACUUUUUCCGCACGUCUAAGCGCAUGUACCCUCACCGGCCUGUGAUGAUGGUCAUCAGUCACGCUGCUCCUCAUGGCCCAGAAGACUCCGCUCCACAGUAUGCUGAGCACUUCCCCAAUACUUCGCAGCACAUCACCCCCAGCUACAACUAUGCCCCAAAUAUGGACAAACACUGGAUCAUGCAGUACACCGGUCCCAUGAGACCCAUCCACAUGGAAUUCACCAACUUUCUACAUCGAAAGCGGUUGCAGACGCUCAUGUCUGUAGAUGACUCAAUGCAGAAAGUGUUUGAAAUGCUCGAGGAAACUGGAGAGCUGGACAACACUUACAUCAUCUAUACAGCAGACCAUGGCUACCACAUUGGUCAGUUUGGCCUAAUCAAGGGCAAGUCAAUGCCGUAUGACUUUGACAUCCGUGUGCCGUUCUUUUUGAGGGGACCCAACAUCGAGCCAGGGGCAGUAAACCCUCAUUUGGUGCUAAACAUUGACCUAGCUCCCACAAUUCUCCACAUUGCUGGGCUGGACACGCCUCCAGACAUGGACGGAAAGUCCAUCCUUAAGCUGUUGGAACAGGAAAAGACUGGCAAUAGAUUCAAACCCAACCGGAAACCCACAGUCUGGAGAGACACAUUCCUGGUGGAGCGAGGAAAGAUCCUGAGGAAGAAGGAAGACUCGGUGAACCCUCAGAACACCAACAGCCUUCCCAAGUACAAGAAGGUCAAAGAGACUUGCCAGCAGGCCGAAUUCCAGACGCCCUGCGAGCAGCCUGGACAGAAAUGGCAUUGUGUGGAGGAGAUCACAGGGAAGUGGAGGAUACAGAAGUGCAAAGGUGGCUCGAAAGAAGGCUCCAGGAAGAGGGCCCGCAGCCUGAAGCCCCGCAGCAGUUACGACAACAGAGAGCGGGGCUGUGACUGCGGGGACCGACUCCUCAGCCCCUCCAGGUCCGACCGCCGUUCCCACCGCCAGUUAUCUUCCUCGUCAGUUCGUCGUUAUCGUCCACGUUUCGUCCACACCCGGCAGACCAGGUCCCUGUCGGUGGAGUUUGAAGGUCAGAUAUAUGACAUUGACCUCCAAGCAGAUGAUCGGUCUGCUGUCCGCCGCCGUGUCAUCUCAAAGCGCCACUACAACCCAGAAGACCCCGAGUUUCAUCUGGGGUCGGAUGACGGUUCAGAGGAGAUGCUGGCGGAUGACACCAAUGCCGUGGGAUACCCACACUCUGUGAAAGUGACCCACAAGUGUUACAUCUUGAUGAAUGACAGUGUUCAUUGUGAAAGAGAAAUCUACCAGUCCUCCAGGGCCUGGAAAGACCACAAGAGCUAUGUGGACCAGGAGAUUGAAGAACUUCAAGACAAAAUCAAGAACCUGCGUGAAGUGAGAGGCCACCUGAAGAGGACACGACCAGAUGAGUGCGACUGUGGAAAGAAGAGCUAUUUUAGCAAAGGAGACAGAAACAAGGCAAAGAGAAUGAAGAGCAGGAAUGAUCAACUCCAUCCCUUUAAGGAGCCAGCGCUCGAAUUAGAUGGAAAGGCCCAGUUGUACAACGAGAUCCGAAGGAGAAAGAAGGAAAGGAAGGAGAAGAAACGCCAGAAGAAGGGGGACGACUGCAGCCUGCCCGGCCUCACCUGCUUCACACACAACAAUGACCACUGGCAGACCGCUCCCUUCUGGACAUUGGGUGGGUUCUGCGCCUGCACCAGCUCCAACAACAACACCUACUGGUGCCUGAGAACCAUCAACGAGACCCACAACACGCUGUUCUGCGAGUUCUCCACCGGCUUCCUGGAGUACUUUGACCUCAACAAUGACCCCUACCAGCUGACCAACGCGGUGUACACAAUGGAUCGGGAUGUACUGAACUCUCUCCAUGCCCAGCUGAUGGAGAUGAGGAGUUGUCAAGGUUACAAGCAGUGUAACCCCCGCCCGAAAGGCCUGGACACAGCACACAGCCGAUAUGGGACGGACGACAGGGUUAAACUUCCCAACUUGACAGACGAGGAGGUGAACUGGCAGGGCCUGGAGGAUCUGUAUAGCAUAAACGAAAGCCUUUAUGAACGUAGGCCUGACUACAGCCCCAGCCCAGACAACUGGGUCAACUUCCAGAAGGAUAUAGAUAAUAUGUUUGCACUGCGACACGCAGACAACAAAUUCAAUCGAACCCAUGACGACUCCACCCUGCCAGAGCUGGGCUCCGGGGCCGGGGGUGGAGGCUUUGAAGAGGGCAGCGGGGAUGAGUUGGCCCCAGCCAGCGACGUCUGGCCGGGCCUGGCCGCAGAGGCUCGCCACACCACCCCCGCCCCCAGCCAAACGCCGUCAGCACCACCACCCAGGCCCACACUGGAAAGGAAACUGGAAUCGGUUGUCAACGACCUUCCCGAGAGGCUUUUAAACCGACUCGAGGUGUCUGUGAUGUCAGAAUCCCCCGUGAUGUUACCACCAGGUCCAAAAAGAGACGGGGCUAUCUUCCAGAGCGACAUGUGGCCGCAGCAGCUGGAGGAGCUAGAAGGAGAGAUGUUCAGCGGGAAUGGAAUGACGGAGCUGGAGACCCGACAAGACAACCUGCUGAGUCGUCACAACAGCCUGCAGGCCCCGCUGGAGCCCGGCCCUCGGGGUCUCGGCCUGGACCUCGAGGAAGAGGAGGACAUUUUCCAGGCCCAAGGCUACCUCCCUUUAUCCCCACAGACGUUGAGGCCCAAGGUGCCGGCCAGCACCACCCGGAGCCCCUCCACCACACAGACUCGGGUCGGGCUGGUAGCACAGGUGCUGCCUCAGUCCACGCUGCCCCUCACCCUGGACUACGAGGGCAGCGGUUCUCUGCCUCGGCCCUCCAAUCAGACGCUCUGAGGCCGACGAGCCGCUGGUCGCCAUAGAGACAGUUAUUGGGAGAUGAGCUUGCCAAGAGCAAGCGAUGCCACCUCAGUCGGUCAGAGUUGUAUCAUGAGUAUUAAUGUUAUUGUUUAUUUUUUUACAGGUGCUUACAGGAAUUAGUAGUUUUAUGUUUUUCUUUUUUUUCAAAUAUAUAUUUAGAAAAGAAAAAGCCUUAAUGCAGCUAAACUCAAGUGUCGGGAUUAAAACAUUUUUAAUUUCGCACGGAUAACACCAUUGAUGAUUUUAAUGUUUUUAUGAAAAAUAAGUGAGUGGUGAAACCAUUUCAACAUCUGAAUGAAUAGUUAGCAUGAGUCAGCGUUAGGUGCUCCAGUCUGAAGAAUCUCUGAAUCAUAAACCUGCCCAUUCACCAGUACACACUCCAUAUCAAUAAAAAGGUUAAAAUGCACUUUUGAACUAGUCCACGUGAUGUGGAUAUGAAAUGUGUCUAUGUGUAAAAGGAGAUUUUCUGAAACUUAAAGAUUAUUUCUACUCGCUACUUUUUUUUAAACGUCCGACGUCAGAAAAGUUUACAGAAUCCACAUGAAUCCACAUGGGCUUCACAAAUCACUCAGACCUCAGACUUGAUGAAUGUUUUUUGUAUUAUUUUGAUCUCCUUGCCAUACAGCAUUAGUAGUAUCCGAAAGUUUAGACAAUCAUGGGACAGUCAACAGUAAAUAUACCGACAGCUUGACCUGAGGAGUUGCACCAGCUCUGACUUUACAGUUACACGUGCAGCACUAAUCACAGCAUUUUAUUUUAAGUAAAAUUAUUAUUACAAACCACAAGCUAAUACUGACACAAUCACCAAGAGCUGGUACAUGCUCGUUGUCAGACUUGAAUUCUUAUGUUCUGAUCCUCCUCAGCGUUGGGUUAUUGUUUCCAUGUAACUCGUCCAUACAAACCGGUGCUAUGCACUGUGUUCCAGCUUCAUGUAUGACCGCACAGUCGGGACAACAUAUGUUCACCUUUAUACCCGUCGCUCAUCCAGAGGUCGCUUCUGGGUCCAAUAUGGUUCUGCAAAAAGCGGACGCUGUCCUUUAUCUUUGUUUUAGAACAACUGGUUUCAGGAAAACCAGGAAGCUGUUAAGAAAUAAACCCUUUCAAACUUG